AUGACAUUCCACCACGGCAAGAUUAAAGAAAAAAGAAGAACUUCAGUGUAGUGCCAUUCAAAAAUAAUGUGUCACAACUGUCAAAAAUAUGAUUGUAUAAAAUGGGCACCGAAAAUUUCGAAAGUGAAACUACGCUGAAUAUUCCAAAUUUACAGUUAGCCCAACUAAAGUUUAUUCUCUCUUUACCGGAGUACCGAAAUGACGAAGCAAGAAAAAAAGAAUUAUACGAAGCCAUCGUGGCCGAAGACAUGGCCCCUUAUUACGAAAUCGUAUGCAACGACUUAAAAUGGAAACUACAUAAGAAACUCCUGAAGCAGAUGAAAGAGCGUAACGAACAAGUUUUAGUUUCGAUGGAUGAAGACAUCGAAGCGUCGUUGAAAGGUUUAGUGGCCAAGGACUGUGCGGAACUGUAUCUAAAUAAAGCUAAUUAUCUGUGUAAGAUCGGUGAUAAAGAAAACGCUAUUAAGGUACUCAGUCACGCUUAUGAUCAAAGCUUCUCUGUAAAAAAUAAAUUAGACAAUGUCUUCUUUUGUAUCCGCAUCGGAUUCUUUUUCAUGGACUUCAAGUUGAUCGAAAGUAACGUUGAAAAAGCCGAAAAAUUAACAGAAGAAGAGAGCGACUGGCACAGCCGGAACUGUUUUAAAAUCUUUAAAGCCAUUUACUCCCUAAUCGUCAGGAAUUUUAAGUCCGCCUCCCAGCUCUUAGUGGAUGCCAUUUCGACUUUUGUAUGUACCGAAAUGAUCACUUACGAGCACUUCAUAAAGUAUACUCUUAUAUCCUCGGUACUAACCUUGAACCGCAACGAAACAAAACAACGAUUAAUUCAAAACGCAGAUAUGCAACAGGCGCUGCAAGCCGAUAACACAUUUAGAGAGUACUUAUAUAGUUUAUAUAAUUGCGAUUAUAAGGUUUUUUUCCAGCGGCUGGCCGAUGUAGAGGUUUUUAUGAAGCAAGACAUGUUUCUUAAUCCACACUAUAAAUCUUCCGUUCUAGAAAUGAAAAUAAAAGUAUACGACCAACUACUUUCCACUUACAUAUCAGUAAACUGUCUUACAUGAGUGAUCAGUUCGGCGUCUGCGAGGACUACAUAUAGAGAACGAUAUCAGUAAAUUCAUUGCAGCAGGAAGACUGAGUUACAAAAUAGAUAAAGUUAGCGGAAUCGUCGUAAAUCAACGCAAAGACAGAAAAACUGAGAUAUUUCAGGCGGUUAUAAAACACGGAGACAUUCUUCUUAAUCGCGUACAUAAACUGGGUUGAGUUAUCGAAAUUUGAUCUUGUAAUUUUGAUUAAAUAUCUCAACAAUUAAUUCGAUGACUGACUGUAUCACGUAUAUGUAUUACCUAUGUAGUAUUACAAGAAAAGUCACAUUUCGCUGAUCUUUCCAAAGAAAGAAUUCCAAACAUUUGCUUUACUUAUUUUUUACUUGAACAGUUUCAGCAAAUAGGCAAUCCCUACUCGUCUGUACAUUUCUCGGUUAGGUAAAUAAAGCUCAAAUCUCGCAUAGGCUCGUAUUUCUGGAAUUUUUAUUGUCAUGUCGGUUUGCAAUAUUUACACACAUUUCUC